UGACGCUGACGCUCAUUUCCUCGCAUCAGCUGGAGAUGAAGGAGAAGCACAUGAACCCAGUCCUUCUCUGACUGCACCUGACGCGCGCGCACCUGCUGCUAGUCCAAAUAUCGUCGGUAUGGCAGUUGGCUAAGAGAUGGAUUUCAUUACCUUACUCCUUUUGGCUGAAGAUGAAGAUGCCUUGAGCUUUAGUAAUCGACUCUGGGAUGUCUGAAGCAGCCUUUGGAUUCCAACCACCACAUAUUAAAACGUCACAAAUAUCUCCUGAACCUUUACGGGAAACAAAAGGAAUAUGAAUUUCACUGCUGGCUUGCUGAAAAAAGAGCUUCUGCUCUCAAACAACUUGCUGUCCUUGAACACCUCUUUCCACAGUGCCGAGGACUUUGCGAAUGAUGUUUUCCUCCACCAGAGUGGAGAGCUGGAGAGACUGCUGCUGCUGACAAUCAAGGAGCCCACCACUAUCGCUCUCACCGUCAUGUAUUCAUUAUCAUUUGUGGUGGGUUUCAUUGGAAAUCUCAUGGCCAUUCGAAUGCUCACCUGCCAGAAGACUAAGAGGAUGCAGAGCAUCAGUGCCACCCGGAGUUUACUCAUCAACUUGGCGGUGUGUGAUCUGAUGGUGGUUUGCAUUUGCAUGCCCAUCACGCUCGGCCACACCAUUUACACCGCAUGGGUGUACGGAGACCUCCUGUGCCGGGCUGUUCCCUUCAUCCAGGCGGUCUCCGUAUCUGCAAGUGUCCUCAGCCUUACCGUCAUCAGCAUCAACAGAUACUACAGCGUUCACAGCCCACUCAAUUCCCUCUCGUACUUCACCCAGAAGAAGAUCUAUAUCACCAUUGUGUGCGUUUGGAUCCUCUCCUCGGCCAUUUGCGCACCUUUGCUUUUUAUGAUCAAGCUGGACGAGAUCCACUUAAUCGACAUCGCCGUGCCGAUCUGCAGAGAGCUCUGGCCACAAGCGAGACUUAAGCAGGUCUACAACGUGCUCCUUUUUGUUGCUCUCUACUGCAUCCCUGUAACCUUCAACCUAAUCAUCAGCUUUCUGACAGGCAGGAAGCUCUGGAGGGCUUCUCAACAAUUCGCAGACUUCGAUCCACACAGCCAGGUCGUGCACGCUUCACAUCUCAAGAUGCGCAAGAAUAUCGUCAAAGUGGUGGUCACUCUGGUUCUCUUAUUCGCCAUCUCCUGGCUUCCGCUUUACGUUGCAGACAUCCUGAUUGACCACGAGGUUCAUCCACCUCACUGGGUUCUGCAGACUCGGCCUUUCACGCAGUGGCUGGGCCUCACUAACUCCAGCCUCAAUCCCAUCUGCUAUUGUUUCUUAGGUGAUUUGUACCGCUCUGCCAGAGCAGUCAGGUCCAGGUAUCAUCAAAGAAUGCUUUCCGUCCUUCGAUCCUCCAGCUCUUUUAAACUGUCCAGUUUGCUUUCUCUCAAAAAGCAGAAAUCUGGCCGGCGGCAAGGUGCCGUGAGCCAGACAUCAGUGGAGACUCUUUCUGACUGGUGUUCCAACAACAGCCAAAUGGUGUCUCUCCAAAGCCUCUCAGAGAAGAUAGUGUCUUCAAGCAGUCUCGAGUUAUCCAACUUGUAGUCAGGGUGAAUAUUACCGAAAAUUAUGCAAGUCACUUAUAGGGAUAGUUCACCCAAAAACAUAUUUUGUGUUCCAUAGAAGAAAAGAAAUGAUAUGAGAUUUGAGAUUCGAACAUUUGCCUUGUAGUACAGUCAAAAAUGCAUGUAAUUCUGAUGUUUUGAUGCAAUAUAAGCAUUGUUUGAAUGCAUAACUAACCGUACACAGGUAUAAUGCAUCAUCACUUAGAGUUUAUAUGAUUAGAAGUUGCUUGAUGUAAAAUCGGAUUUCCUGUAAAUAAAGGACAGUUAGUUUUGUAUAGGCAUCCCUGACACAGAUUGUACAUAAAUGCUCAGUUAAGGCCUCUUCACACCAAGACAAAUGGUUGGAUGCGAAAAUUCAGUGCUAUAAAUAUUUUAAUUAGAAUUAACAGCUGUUCAGACCAAUGCGAAUAUUUGCAUGCCACUGAUGCAAUGG